GUGACGCAUACCAGGCCACGAUUGAAAGAGAGAUGUUUUGAAUGUGAGGUUGAAGGUGCUGCAUUGUACCUUCACUGUGAUUUGAGAAAGUCAAAUAAAUGACUCUUGGGAGAAGAAAAGAUGCCAAACCUGAAGAUAAAAAUCAUACUUUUAAAAAUGAAAAUAAUGUGACGGUUUUGUGCACAUACAACAGAUCCUACAGUUCAUGAUUCUACGAAGUGUUGCUGCUCUUUUUCACACAUUGCUACUCCCUGUGCCCUCCGACAACUGAAGAAAAAUAUAAUAAUGUCUCUGUUCAAAGCAAGGGAACUGUGGUCAACGCAAUGUGGUGCUGAUGAAACAUUUGAUCAGACAAGUAUUACAAUUGCCAGUAUUGAAGGAGCAUCAGAGAAUAUAAUUGUUGGCAGUCACAAUGGUUUUCUCUACAUAUUCCAGCCUUCCACAGCAAAAUCAGAAGAUGGAAAAUUCAUUGGAUACAAACCUUGUGAUCUCCUCAUUGAAACACAUCUUGCACAUCCAAUUUUGCAAGUGUGUGUAGGAAAACUUGUUUCGGGUUCGCAGAAUCUGCAGAUAGGUAUUUUGCAUCCUCAGAGUGUUGCUGUCUAUAGUCUCAUAACAAGACACGGGGCUGCAGAGCAUGGCGAUCAAAGAAGUUUGGCAUUGGCAUAUGAACAUCAGCUACGGCGAUCAGCAUUUAAUAUGGUCAUUGGUCCAUUUGGUGGUGCAAGAAGCCGUGAUUUUAUUUGUGUACAGUCUCUUGAUGGAGCUUUAUGCUUUUUUGAACAAGAAACUUUAUCUUUCAUACAGUUUCUACCGAAUUUCUUAUUGCCAGGGCCAGUUGUAUAUUUAGUACAAUUAGACGCAUUUGUUACAGUCUCUUCACAUCUUCAUAUUGAAUGUUACAGUUACCAGCAACUUGCUGAAAGAAGUAGAAUCAAAGACCAAGAUGUCCAAGAAGGGAGAAAAUUGGUUGCAGAGUGGUCUUACAAUCUUGGAGAAGCAGUUAUUGAUAUUGAGAUAGUUUCGUGGACCUCUCAUGAUGACAUAGUAGUGCUGGGUGAAAGAAACUUCUUCUGUGUACAGCAAAAUGGUGUAUUAAAGUUUAUGAAGAGAUUAGAAUACAGACCAUCCUGCUUUUAUCCAUAUAUAGCUGAAUCCAGUGGCAAACUAAUGGUUCUUAUUGGGACUGAGAUGAAUACUUUGUUAAUUUAUGAGCAAACCACUCUUCGCUGGUCUUGUCAACUUGUUGUGUGCCCUAUUGCUGUGAAGAAGAUAAAUUUGCAGGAUCUUAAAGGAGUUCUUGCAGUCCUAUCAGAAGAUGGCUUAAUUCAUUGUUGCUAUCUUGGAACAGAGCCAUCACUGUUUAUUCCACCACCUUUGGAAGUGACAGAUAUUAAUUACCAGGAAGCUGGCAAGGAGCUGGCAGAACUGCAGAAAAUCAUUAAUUCUUAUAGCAAGGACAGUACAAUCACACUAGCAAGUGGCGCAGCAGAGCGUGAAGUUUGUGUUGAAGUGAACAUGAAUUCCCGACUAGAAACAACUUCACAUGAACAUAUGCUGGGAGCAGGGAUUGAUCCUCCUGCAUGCCAGAUUUCUGUCCAUUUACGUCCACAUGUGCCUCUUAAUAAGGUGCAAGUUGCAGUCAUAGUACAACCACCACUGGAGGCCUCCCAAGUUUCACACACUGUCAACAGCCUGUGUGGAGAAUUUCAUUGGACGACAUAUAUAUAUUUAUCUCAGCCGGGUGAUGUCCCUUCUCUGGAGAUGAGAGUUGUUACUUCAUAUGUUACAAACAGCAGGAGCAUUCCACGCAUCUUGCAACAUUUUGCACAACUUCCACUAAAGCUUGUAGCAAAGCCAUGUGCCCCAGAAAAAAAUGCUGAAUUCAAAAUAGCAAUUAAUUCAAAUCUGCCUGUUGUUGAACCACUGGUACUAUUCCCAGAAUUUUCAUUUGAAGAUUCAGGACCUGAAACUGUUUCUAGUGUUGGAUUUGCACCAUGUUUUUUGGAAAAAAAUAUAGUCACAGUCUCUACUGUAAAAUCUUCGCAACAAUAUCAUCUUCAGUGCAAUACAUUUUCAUCUCUGUGCCUUUUUGUAUACCAAUUGGUGCACAGACUUAAUAAGCAUUUUGCUAAAAACAAGCAGUUCUCAUGUGGCUACACUUCAUCAUUACCUCUGCAGGAGCUGUUCGAGGCCAUAGAAGCUCGGUUCAGAUGUAGAAAGGAAUCAUUUAAAUUAGAGGCAAAUCUUGCACGAAAAGCUGCUCAGUUUAGAAUUGUUCAACGAAGACUUCUUACUAAGUUUAAAGAUAAAAUUCUGACACCAAUGAAUAACUUGGAAAAUCUUCUGAAAGACACAUAUACAAAAAUUUUAAUAUCUACUGACCUUCUGGAAGAAAACCAAAAAAAGAUGAAGUAUUUGAGUAUUCAAGUUAGUUGUUGUGUACGACUACUACUUUUCCUGCUGAAGUUACAAAAUCCUUCUUCACAGAACAAUGUAGCCGAUCUUGAAUCAGCACUCAGCUGUUCAGUAAAUGAUUCAGAUGAUCAGGGCUGGGAUGAAAUAACUGAUGCAGCAGUGUCAUACUUACUUCGAACAUCACUGGCAAAAUCUGUGAAAGACCAACAGCGAUCAGCACCAAUUUCUCUAGAUGCAUUGCAGGAUAUAGCAAGGGUUAAAAAACAUAUUUCAAUGGCUUUUGAGAGAACCUGUAGAGGUAGUCAACUUCCAGGGAAGAAAGAACAUAAUGUUGAAUCAAGCACUCUCCAUGUGGGAAUUAGCCCUAUACCAGAGGCUACUGAAAUAAAUGAAGAUGAUGAAGGAACAAUACCAAGAGGUUCUCAACUUGCAGAGAAGAAGCAAUCUAAUUUAGUACCAGGGACACCUGCUGGCCUCCUGACAACAAGACGAGCCAAAUUACAACUGCCAGCCAUUCCAGAUGGAAGUCAGUAUAAGACUGACUUCAAGAAACCUGCCACUCUUCAGGUGUCUUCUCUGGAGAAAGACAAGCCACCCGAAUUUCCACCUGAACCUCUAGAGAAUAUAAAAGUAACACACACAGCAGAAUCUCCUGAAGAAGAUGAUGAUAUCUGGUAACCAUAUAUUGACAACAAAUGACUGAACAUCUUUACUUAGAAUCUAAAUGGGAUCAAGCUUGACAAAUAUGGGAAAACAUGCAUAUAUGAGGGCUUUUAUUAGCAGAACUCAUUAUGUCUGUGUUGUACAUUUGAUGAGUUUUUGUACAUUCAUUAUUAGAAUGCACUGUCAUAAAUUUAUUCAAUAUGUAUCAGUACAAAAUUUGUACUACACAAACUACAAAAUGUUCCUGUAAAGGUCAUAACAUAACUACCAAGAAAAUUAUUAUUCAUUGUUUACUACAGUUUUUCAGCAUAUUGUGGUUAUAUUUUCUGAGAUUUACAUUGCUCAUCCUUAUUAAUGAAGGAAAAUAUGAAUACGUCACCAGGACUUUUCAACAAAUAAUUUCAGAUAAUGUUGGUGAAUUAGGUAUGAAACCAUCAGUUUACACAAUAAAGAACUUGUACUGUAAUACAGUAGUUUAAUUUAUACAACAAGACCUAAUAAACA